AUCAACACUCGGAGUUUCAACUUAUCGGCGGGUGGGAAGGCUAAAGUCGGAUGGAAGAGGAUAGCUAGGAUUGACCUGGAUCCAAAACAGUUACGAAAAAUAAUCAAAGGAAGGAAAGUAAUCGACAAGAGAGUAUUGUCCAACAGACUGAAGAAUCUUUACGUGAUUGUGACGUCAUUUUCAACCAAAGAUGCCGUUAAAUUAUACUGGAAACAAAGACAAGACAUGGUGGCAAAUGAAUCUCCAAAUAGUGGAGGAUUGGAAAAUAACUCCAUGAAAAUCGCUCCUGGGACUCCCAUAGCUUACAUCGUUCGUGAGCUUGUUAUAAACCCUGAUAAUAGUAUCACCUUGACCGAAAGCACGGAUGCUGAGGAUCGGAUCGUAGACCGUUCUCAGCCUGAACAAGAAAGCUCUCCAAGUAUCACCGUAACCCCAAGAAGACCAAUACAUUCUACAUGUUCUAAGGAAACAAGUGAGAACGAGAACCCGAAGACAGCUGAGGAAUUGACGCCAACCCCGAUUACAACGGAGACUUCCAGAGCUACGUACAGCGCUCGUUAUCAGCUUGAUGUAACCCGUGACCGAACUCCCACCUUGAUAGAAAGAUCCGAUGACAAGAGUGAAACCGAAGAUACUGAUCCUCCAGAAUAUGUUUCCUCUCUAAGUACCAAGAUCAGCCCAAGGAGAUCGUACCGCUCAACUAACGAGCAUACUCCAGAGGAGAGGAUAAUGAAGGUUGCGAUCCGAUCAUUGGAGGAGACACCCAUCAGGAGACACCUAUCAACAGUGAUCAGGGGAAUAAAGAGGAAACUCUUUUAGAGUAAGAUUAGAAAGGAAAGACGAUCACUUGGAUCAAUCUUUGACCAGAAAUUUUAACUGUACACGCAGUGCCAUACCAUUAAGAGAGACAGAGCGAGAGAGAGA